AUGUCGCGACCUGACCAAUGGAAGAAGCUAGGGUUCAUUGGCCUUGGAGCCAUGGGCAGACCAAUGAUGUCUCACCUUGCAAGAAAGCUACCGGCGGACUCGAACAUAUGGGUCUAUGAUGUGGUAGAAGACUUGAUAGAUGAAACGUGUACAGAAUUCCCCGAUCGUGUGUUCAAGGCAAAAAGCGUAAAGGAUGUCGCAAUACAAGCUGAUACAAUCAUAACCAUGGUGCCCGAAGGCGCGCAUGUGCGCUCUGUGUAUCUUGAUCCCGAGAAUGGCGUGUGCAGCACUGAUAUUUCGAACAAGCUUCUCAUCGACUGCUCCACGAUAGACACGGCGACAAGUUUGGCUGUCAAAGACCACAUCUCCGAAGAAUUCCCAUCGGCUUUAUUCUACGAUUCUCCUGUCAGUGGCGGUGUCAUAGGAGCUGUCAAAGGCACGAUCGCCUUUUUCUUGGGCUGCGCGGAGUCAGACCCGAACAUAGAGCGGCUCACGUAUCUUAUGGGGCUCAUGGGUGGUCAAGUCAUACCUUGCGGUGGACCGUCACUCGGCCUCGCCGCGAAGCUAUCGAACAACUACCUCUCUGGCGUAAUUGCGAUAGCUUGCUCGGAAGCUUUCGACAUGGGAAUGCGCAGUGGGCUGGAUCCUCGUACUUUGGCCAAGGUGUACGCCGCAGGUACUGCUCAAAAUACCAUUUGCGACAAGUUUUGUCCUGUACCGCAUGUUUAUCCCGAAGCUCCAUCUUCAGGGGGAUGGAAACAAGGCUUCAAGGUACAAUUGAUGCGAAAAGAUUUUGGAUUGGCCGUGGACAUGGCGAAACGCGUAGGGGCACGGAACGUGUUGGGUGACGUUGGUUUGGAAACGUAUGACGGCGCUGCCAAAGAUGCCCGUUGCAGGGAUCUAGACUCUCGUGUGGUUUACCGCUAUCUGGGUGGUAGGGAGGAUUGGCAACCCAAGUCCAACGGAGCGUGA